AUGCAAAAAAAAACAUCAAAACAAACAAAGCCGGUAUCAAAUAGCAUUAAAUUAAAAUGGGAAUAUUGUGGUAAAGUUACGAAAACAGGUCCUUGUAAAAAUAUAAAAGUAAGAGAUAGAGAUACUUGUUCCAUUCAUGGAAAGAAAAUACCAGAAUAUUGCAAUAAAACUACAAAAAAAGGAAGUAAGUGCAAAGCAACUGCUGGAAAAUGUGUUUUUCAUUCACCAGGUUUUAAACCCAGAGAAAGAAAAGAAAAGGAUGAUGAUUCCUAUUGUAGCGCCGGUACUCUAAGGGGAAGAAGAUGCACAAAAGCAGCUAUUAAUGGCUCAAAGUAUUGUUUUAUUCAUUCAAAUGCACCAAAGGAUCUAUGUGGUGCACCAAAAGUUGAUGGUGGUACUUGUAGAAACGCAAAAUAUUGUUGUUCAUUUCAUUCAUAUAAAUAUAGAGAUAAAGAGAUAGAGAGUGAAAAAGAAGACGAAUAG